AAAAAUUACAACAGAUGAAAUCUGACGCAAAUAAAGUUACCACUCCUCUGCAAGAAUCAAAGAAACAACUUUCAUUAGAGGAAGUGGUUCUAAAAGAAAAGAAGUGGGACGUCAAUAACUUGAAUUCUAAAAAAAUUGAUAAACUCAUUGGAGAAAUGAUUGCACUUCAAAAUUUACCGUUUAAUUUUGUUGAAGGGCUAGGUUUUCGUAGACUGAUGCAAGAAUUAGCACCAAGAUAUAACUUUAGGGGACGCAAUUUUUUUACAGAUUUUGUAUGCAAGGAAUUAUAUAGCAAAGUGGCUCAAAAAGUUAAAGGAUUAAUCGAAAAUUUUGAUAACAUGUCGUUUACGUCUGACAUUUGGUCGGAUCCUAGCUCAAACGCUUCUUUGCUUAGCCUGACUUGCCAUGGAAUUGCAGAAAACUUUGAUAGAUCAUCGAUAAUAUUGAAAUGUGAGACAUUUGACGGCCGUCACACUGGUGACUUAGUUGCUGAAAAAUUCAGUAACAUGCUUUCUGAAUGGAACAUUAAAAAACAACAACUGCAUUGCCUAAUCAGAGAUGAAGGGUCUAAUAUGAAACGAGCCGCGCGAUUAGCAGCAUUAAAUGAUAUAGACUGUACUGUUCACAAGAUACAACUGGCUAUCCGUAGUUGUUUAGGUUCUCAAGAAAACAUAAAAAUACUAAAACAAAAGUGUAAGAGAAUUUCGACCCAUUUCAAUCACUCUACCAUUGCCCAGAAACAACUGCAAUCAAUUCAGGACAGACUGAAUCAACCGCACCUGAAAGUGUUUCAAGAUUGUGUAACACGAUGGAACAGUACAUUCUACAUGUUCGAGCGUUUUUCAAAGAUAAAGGAUGCUCUGAGCCUUUACAUGAAUGAUAAUGAAAUUGACCCUGUUCUACCAGAAGAAUGGAAAAUGAUUGAAAGUUUCAUUCAAUUACUGGGACCUUUUGAGGAAGCAACACGGGAACUGAGCAGCUCUUCUGCUCUUAUUUCAUCUGUGAUACCGAUAAUACAAAUGCUUGAAAAAAAAGUUGAUGACUAUUUAACAAGAUCGCAAGAGUUUGAUCCGAUUCGUCAGGCUGUAACGACUUUGAAAAACGAACUUUCUACAAAGUUUUCUAGCUUGGGAGAAAACAAUUUAUAUACCAUCGCUACCUACUUAGAUCCUCGCUAUAAGCACAAAUUUUUCACACCGGUGACUGAAGAAAAGAUUAAAGAUGACAUUAUAAAAAUGAUAAAUAUUGAGAAUGACAAUUUUGAAUCAGUUAAUACCAAUGCCAAAAGGGCUAAAAUAACUGAUUGCAUGGAAAAUGAAACAGAACAACUAGGACCAGGGACUUCAGGUUUCAACAAAAAGCCAUGCUUAAAAAACGACCUGGCUAUGAUGUUAGAUUCGUCGAGUGAAGACGAAAGUCAAGAUGAGCCAGAAAAUAGUAGCGUUGAAGCUGUAUUAAAAAAAGAGUUACUUGCUUACCGUACUAAAAAAAGAAUAAAUGUGAGUGAAAAUCCUUUAAACUGGUGGAGUGUACAUCGAGGGGAAUUCAAGGUAUUAUCGCCGAUAGUACGAAGAUUUUUAUCUGCUCCACCGGGCAGUGUUCCUAGCGAACAACUGUUUAGUAGCGCGGGAUUAAUUUACGAACCUCUGCGUAACAGACUAGAACCAGAAAAGGCGGCAAUACUACUCUUCAUCAAGUAUAAUGCUCCUAUUUUUAAAUUCAACUAUUGAUAUAAAAAACAGAAGGUGUUCAGUUACAUUAUACAUGACUUAUAUUUUUAACAUAAAAAUAAGUACUUAAUUAUGUUUGAUUACAAUAAAAAUGUUAAUAAUUACGU